AUGAAUGAUUAUGAAAAACGUUUUCAACGUUCAAUACAAAAAUUAACUAUACCAUCAUGGUUUACAGAUACUAGACCAUCAUUAAAUAAAAUUAAUAAUAGUAAACAAUCAAUUAAUUCAACUACAACACCUAUACAAUGGAAAACAUCUUAUAAAGAAUUUCAACGAACGCCUGAAAUAUUUUAUGUACGUAUUCCACAUAGUUAUCGUUCAUGUCAAUCAUCAAUAGCAACAUCACCAUCACCAUCAAUACAUUCUUGGCAUCCAAAUUUUUUAUUAGAUAGUUCUCGACGACAAAAAAAAUAUGAAAAAGGUAUUGAACGUGUAUCAAAAUCUAGUCGAUGGUAUCAACCAACACAAUUUAUUCCUAAUGAAAUAACAGAUGUUCAAACAGGUAAUAUAAAAGUAUCAACAUCAACCAAAUACAAACAACAAUCGUCUAAAAACAAUCAUUAUGAUACACCAAAAAUUCACUGUAAUGAUGAAGGUUUAAUAUUAAUAUCAAAUCUUUUGGUAACUAAUGGUGAUAUUGAAAAAAACAUCAUCACGGAACAAACUAAGAAUAUGAUUACCAAUGAAAAGCAACAAGACAAUCAUAUUAAAUCAAAUGAAUCUCAAAUAAUGCCAUUGGCAAUUACAAAAGAACCCUCCAGUGGUAUUGAAUUAGAAGUAGUAACUAAUGAAGAACAUGACAAUCGAUCAUUACCAAUGAAAAAUAACGAUCUUAUACCACCAAUAACAAAUUUAUCAUUAUCUAUUGAAAAAUCUGAUGAUAAUGAAUUAUUUGAACGUGUUGCAAAUAAUUUAGUUGAAUCAGUUCUUACUGAUGUCUUACAUUUACAUAGCCUUGAACAUGAUGAUGAUAAAAAUAGUGGUGUAAGAGAAUUAUCAGAAGAUGAAAAUGGUCUCAGAGAAUUAGAUGAAAAUGAUAUGAAUGAUAUGGAUGAAUUUAUUGUUUUUGGAACAAAUGCAGAAAUAUCGGACGAUGAAUAUUCAUCAAAUAUUCCACGAUGUAGUCUUAAUAAAUUAUAUACAUUUUCAAGAACACAUCAUAAUGGUAUUGAUAAUUCAAAACAAACAACUUCAAAUCAGAAUGGAUCAACAUCAACACUUGAGAAAGAUUUUAUAGUAACUAAUUCUCAAUUGUAUUCAAAUACAGAACAAUCGUUUGAUAAAUCUUUUCCUUCAUCUCCUAUUUGUCAAUCUCAUAUUGAACAGCAACAAAAUACUAUAGACCAUUAUAUUGAUGUAACAGUAUAUCCUGAAUAUAGUCAUUUAGCGAAAUAUCAAUCAUCUGAAGGUGUUAAUGAAGAAACAGCAAGAAUCGGACGACUUCUACUCGAUAGUAUACCGACGUCUUUCAUUGACGAUGUUCAUAAUCUUUCACAAACUCUGAUACCUAUUCAAUCAACAUUAGAAAAAACUCAAAUUGUCAUAUCAGGUCGAAAUAACAUUUAUGAUUCUCCAAGGAAAGACUGUCCUCAUGCUCAACAAAGAAUCAUCGAAGAAUAUGAUGAAGAAUUAAAUGAUGAAGUCCAUCGUGAUUCAGCUUAUUCCAGUAAUCAAGAACGAAUUAAUAUGCAACAAUUAUUUUAUGAACAAUUAUCAGAAUGCUAUUCAGGAUAUUCAUUUAUUCAAAGUGAUUUUUUAACUCCAAAUAUUUCAUCAUUACAAUCAACAACAGAUGAAGCAUAUGAAUCUGAACCAACAACAAUGAGUUCAUCAAUAGGCGUAACAACUUAUGUUCAUCCUGAUCUUGAACAUGAAUUUGAAUAUCCAUCACCACCACCACCUAUACCUGAUCGACGUCUUAAACCAGAUUAUUUAAAAUCAUCAACAAUCCAAUCUCGUUUAAUUAAACAAGAUAAUAUUGAUUCAGCUGAAUAUAGUAUUAUUCAAAAACCUAAAUCAGAACCAUUAACAUCUAUUCCACAAAUAACUGUUUCAACAUCAAAUAAUUCAAAUUUAUCUUCAACACGUACUAUGAGUAGUCGACAUUAUUGUGGUUCAAUACCUAGAUCAGAUAAAUUAAUUCAAUCAUGUAUAGAUUCAAUAAAAAUGAAAACAAAAGACGAUAACAAUGAAAAAAAUAAAGAUAAACGAAAUACUCGAGUACUUAAUUGUUUACAUUCAUCAACAACUGAUGAUGAUAAUAAUAAUAAUCAUAAUAAACGAAAUAUAAUUACAAAAUCACCAUCAUCAUCAUUGAAUAAAAUGAAAAUAAAAAAACAAAAAUUAAUUACAGAUUUUGAUGAAGCAACUAAUGGUUUAGCUAUACGUUUACCAGCUCCAAUAGAUAAUUCAUAUGAUUUAACUAAUAAACAAAAUCAUAAUAGAAUAUCAACACCAUUAACAAAGAAACGAAUCAAUGGAAUAAUAAAAGAUCAACAUCUAACAGAAAAUAUUAAACCAGAGAGAUCAUUAUUUUAUGAAACAUCAGUCUAG